AUGCAUUCGCCAUCGCCGCAACUCUUGCGUGUUAUGCGCACGUCCCUAGUCAACACCCGUCGCACCUCGAACUUGACUCGAUUCUGCCAGAUUCCAUCAGCAACUGCAGCACCAUGCCUCGUCUUAAACCCUGGCACCAAAAUACCAUCAACACACCGCAACUAUAGCUCACCUAUCCGACCAACCCGCAUGAUUCCACGCUCGCACGCGCAUAAACCCGUCAGCCGCGACCGCGGCCCAAAAUCCAAAGAAGACACCCAGACAAACUUUGAUGCAUUGAACGUGUUAGGCAACAUCCCUGCGCCAACGACGGCCAUUGAUGCAUGCCUAGAUUCUGGGUUCCAUCUUAACAAUGGCGUCAAGCUUACCAACGGCGAUGGGCUGUUGCUGGUCGGCGGUGAGGCAUUUGCGUGGCGGCCGUGGAAGGCUGUCGAGGGCGCAGAGAGCGAUCGUGUCGCUAAGGAUGCUAUGCUCAAUACCAAAGGGCAGUUUGAGCUUGAUGAGUCGGUAUGGGGGUUGUUGAAUCUUGUCUGGCCAAAGCCUGACAUGCUCAUUCUUGGUCUUGGUGGUUCGAUGUUCCCUCUCUCACCUGAAACUAAGCGUCACAUCAACUCGUUGGGCAUUCGUGUGGAUAUUCUCGAUACCCGAAAUGCGGCCGCGCAGUUCAAUCUGCUUGCUACAGAGCGCGGUGUAGCUGAGAUUGCCGCUGCCAUGAUUCCUAUUGGGUGGAAGGCUAGACCUCUCUAG